AUGGCAAAGGAAAGAGGCAGUGCAAUUAUUGCCAUGGCACUACUGCUGUGUUUCUUGCUUCAUUCGGAGACAACCCAUGCAGCCACCUUCAAGGUUGGAGACGAUGAUGGCUGGAGGUUUGGUGUAAGUGAUUGGCCCAACGGAAAAAGCUUCAAGGCCGGUGAUAUCCUGGAGUUUGUUUACAGUCGGGCGAACCACAACGUUGCAGUGGUAGAUAAGGAUGGUCAUGACUCAUGCACAGUCUCAGACAACGCCGCAGUUUUUCAGACGGGAGAUGACAAAAUCACACUUGCAAAAGGAGAAAACUACUUCAUCUGCGGCUUCCCUGGCCACUGCGCUAGUGGAAUGAGCCUUUCCAUUACUGCUGCCUGA